AUGGAUUUACAUAAUUUAAAACAAAGAAGCGCGCCGAGCCGUUCAAUCCCUUUCAAUUUCGGCUUAUUAUGGAACCGGCGCAAAAAUGUUUCAUUUCGGAAGCCCGCCCUGACGCGUUUAGCGGCGUCCGCGGCGGGCGGCGCCCGGGUCAUGGCCCCGGCGCUCUCCGUCGCUUUCCGAGACCACUACGACGCGAUCGAAACCCUUGAAAAACCAUCCUAUCCAAGACGGGCGUUAGCGUCCGUCGAUAACCUCGCAAUACACAUGGAGGAAGAAGACAUGGGCCUCCAGAACCAACCUAGCCUUGCCAAAGAUUCCCAAGAAAUGGAGCAAAUUUUGGUCGAUUUAGGUAGUAGUGAUCUUGCUCAGGCUGAUUUGCUCCAGGCCAUCAAGACUUUAGAAUCUGGCGGUGAUACACUAUCUACUGGUGACCCUGACGUCAUAUUUCCGCUCUCUGGCUUUGAUUUGACUGAAUCAGCUGAUUCCGAAGGAGAUGCAGCUGAAGACAAAAUAAGAUUACUUCAAGCUAGAUUAGAACGUAGAUGUGCAUUCCUACAGAGGCGUUUGAGGAUAUUACAAGCUAAAGCUAUUGGUAAAAGAAUAUCGGAAGAAGUAGCACAGACUUUCGAGAAAUCCAUUCGAGGUGCGCGCAAAGAUGGUGGUGGAAGGCCAAUGGGCUUAAAAGCUUUAUUGAAGAAAGUUGAGACUACCGCCGCAUUGCAAGCGAGUGCAGCCUCUAAGACAGUUGUUGGCCCAAAAUAUUUUCAUGCAAGUACAUCAAAGGGUGAUGCUUCAAGAUCUGCAUCAAUUGGGAUUGCUUCAGGAACUUUAAACGGCUUGGAGAAUACAGCAGGAGCCUUACGUUCACAUCUGUCAAUGGUUAAAUAUCAACUAGACUCUGAUGCAACUGCAUCUUCAUCAGGGGCAGAAAGCAAUGAUGAAGCUGUCAACUAUAAUAACCCUCAGCAGCAACAUAUGGCAAUAGAAAAACGAGCUCUAUGGUCAUGGCAAAAGGCAAGAGCUUCAAUUGCAUCCCGUUGGUGUUGGUUACAAGCACAAGUACAGGAGUUAGAGUACAAGAUACGGCAGCACAAUGAUUUGCAUAAGCAGGUCCGCGAUGCCAAAGGUCCAGUAGAGUUAGAAGGUGAGCCAGUUGGCUAUGAAGGCUCUCUACCAGGAAAUGAUGACGACAUCCCUGCUACUUGUGCUAGAGUACGUCCUCUAAGACGGGAUACAUUUAAGAAGAGGAAACUCUUGCAAAUGCAUAAUCUGCAUAUCGCAACACCAAAGGCUGCUAAACUCUCCGAUAUUAAAUGUAGCUGUCGUCAGCCAUUGGAGAGUUGUGCAGUUUGUACAGGACGAGUGGAAGCAACGCAACCGCAAGUCUGGUGUACGUUACCACCUGCCCAACGAAUCGCUCUUGUCGACCCAGGAUACCACCCAGUUCUCAGUGAUGUAAAAGGUAAAGGAACUAGGUUGAAGAAUGCUUGUCAAACUUGA